AGAAGGCGAUUUGGUACCAUGGAUCCAAUGGGGGAAAGGCCCAAUGGAGGCUGAUUUGUCAAUGAAUGGGUAUUAUUCGAUGAGUUUCCUUCCAUUACUACAACAAGAGAAUAAUGAAUAUGUCUCGGAAGAUAGAGCACUAACGCUCAAUCCAAUAAAGGAAGAUAUCAAUGUCCAACACCAGGAGCAAGAUACGAAAAGAAAAGAAAAAGAAAACAUUGACUUAGAGAAACAAAUUGAAACAUUUUUGAAAGAACAAGCCCAAGAUAUUACCAUCCCGCUCAGUAAUCGAUCGACUAAAUUUGGCAACACCAUUUUCCAUGACGCUGUAUUGAAUGCAUCCACAUUGCUCGCCCUGUGCAAUGGUGUCAAGAAAUCUACGCACAAGGAUCAGGUCCUGAAAGCUCGCAACAAACUGCGACACAAUCUGCUGCACCAUGCCUGUCUCCACGACAAGUCGGAAGCUAUAAGACCACUGGUAGGCAUGGGUAUUGCUCUGCACGAACUGGAUCAAAGUGGCAACACUCCAUUGCACUUGGCCAUCGUAAAUCGUCGCAGCGAUUGCAUUCUACAAAUACAGCAACUACUGCAGAAAUACGACGCCUACGAUGAAAAGGUCCUCGCAUCAAUGGUCAAGAUGACCAAAGUCUACAAUCGGCAGGGCUAUACGGUACUGCAUUUGGCCCUAUUGGAAAAUCUGCCGGAGUUGCUGGGAGUUAUUUUGGAAUUUUGCCAGCAGAAACAAAUCGAUGUCACCGAAUACGAAGUAUUGGGCAGCGGCGAUUCUCUUAGAAAAUUGGCAUUGAAAACAAAGGCCUCUACGGAAAUUCUGAAAGUGCUUGAGGAGUAUGUACCAAACUAUUUGCUCAUCGAGAACUAUGCAGGCGAUACCGCCGCCGCAACCGAUGAAAUCGAGGAGAUAUCUGAUGAAAUGGAGAUGAAAUUGAAUUUUGAAUAAGAAAAUGUAGAAUUAAAUGAAUAAUAGCGAAUAAAACAAAUAAUAAAUAAAUAAUAAAGAAUAAUAAAGAAUAAAAAAGAAUAAAAAAAAAUAAAGAGAAUAAUAAAGAAUAAAA